CAAUGAGACAGAGAGAACGUUUUGUGGAUACUGUAGGAUUUAAGUAUGAGUUGACAUUAGUAAGAAUAUCCUAGAACAAAAGACAUGUAUUGUGGUUAAAAGUUAAGCCUUUGGAGUCAGACCUGGUUCAAAGGCUUGUGUUGCCACUUUCUACCUAUGUAACGUUAAGCGAGUUAUUUUUCAUCGCCAAGCCCUAGGUUCCUUAACUGUAAAAUGAGAAACAAUAAAUAGUAUCUACCUCAAAAGAGGCUAUGUGUAUUGUCAAGCAAUGGACUAAGUACUUCACCCACAUCUUGUUUAAUUCUCAUAAUAACCUUAUUGUAGGUACAAAACAGUAACUAGAAUAAAUGUGCUUUUUGUAGUUAUGCUUCAUUCUACUUUAAAUUGCCACCAGAAGUUUCACGGUAAGAAUUGGAAUUGAGAUAGCAAGCAUGGCAAGCUAGUGCGGGAAGCAGUUAAAUUACUGUGGGAAAAAGGAAAAUGGUAAACUUUCUUCCCCUUCUGUUUGGCCUGAGCGUAAGGAAGGUGUCCAUUUUCGUUCACUACUCUUCCUGGUGCCCAGAACAGUGUGUGUCACAUAAUAGAUAGUCCAUAGAAAUUGCACAAGCGAAUUAGUGAUCUUACCUAUUGACAGGAAGGUUAAUGCCAGCAGUUUUCUAGAAACCUAUCUUACAAAGCUAGGCAUUCUACCGAAGAAGUCCAUACAAAAGAUGUGUUGCAGAGAUCAAAUAGUAAAACGCUGGAAACAUAAAAACUGAGACAAGUCCAGCUGAUGAACUACAGGAGGUGGUCAUUAACUUUAAUGAGAAAUUUCAUAGGAUAUUACAUUGCAGGUUUGUGAAUGGGAGAUUGAAAGUGUACCUCAGACGGGGUCCUGGCUGACUCCUUUGGUAGAGCUAUGUUGACUCUUGAUCCCAGGGUUGUGGUUCAAGCCCUACCAUAGGUGUAAAACUUAGAAAAUGAGUAGCUCACACAACUUUUUUGAGCAUUAUGUGUCAACAUACAAAACUAAUGUAAAGAGAUUCAGGGAAAAUAUUUGCUGUCAAUAUGUUGAAGGCUGAACAUUUAAAAAAAAUUUUUUUUUUUUUUUUAGUGUUUAUUUUUGAGAGAGAGAGAGAGAGAAAGGGUCCAAGCUGGGGAGGGGCAGAGAGAGAGGGAGACACAAAAUCUGAAGCCGGUUCCAGGCUCUGAGCUGUCAGCCCAAAGCCCGACGUCGGGCCCAAACCCACAAACUGCGAGAUCAUGACCUGAGCCAAAGUCAGACGCCCAACGAACUGAGCCACCCAGGCGCCCCGAAGGCUGAACAUUUUUAUACAGCUUUGAACCAAGAGUGAACACCCAGCAGAGCUCCACCGGUCAACAUGGGCAGCCCAAACACUGAAAGAAACCUACCUUUUUGGCCAGAAGAGCAGGAAAGGAAGCUGCUCUGAGCAAGAGUGAAUUCUGGGGAUGAGAGAGCUGGGUUAAGCACAUGGAAAUUUGUGCAGCCGUUCCUUUUACGGCACUGUUUCCAUUAGUUGCUCCCACGAGCUGGAGUUUAUCUGAUUGUGCGGUAGAUGGAAACUUCAGGAUAAAAUUCAAUGGCCGAAGGCUGAGUGAAGUUUACCCUGGCUGUGGUUAUGAAGAGGUCCCAGAAAUCCUGGAUUGAAGGAGUGUUCAACAAGAGAGAAUGUAGCAAAAUCAUACCUAGCUCAAAAGACCCUCACAGAUGCACCGCAGGAUGCCAGGUCUGCCAGAAUUUAAUCAGGUGUUACUGUGGGCGAUUAAUUGGAGACCAUCAUGGGAUAGAUUAUUCCUGGACCAUCUCAGCUGCCAAUGGUAAUGAAAAUGAGCAAUGGUCUGUUGAAAAGCACACAAGGAAAAGCCCUACAGAUACGUUUGGCACUAUUAAUUUUCAAGACGGAGAGCAUACCCACCACUCCAAGUAUAUUAGAACAUCUUAUGAUACAAAGGCAGAUCAUCUGUUACAUUUAAUGUUGAAAGAGUGGAAGAUGGAACUGCCCAAACUGGUGAUCUCUGUCCACGGGGGCGUCCAGAACUUCAGGAUGCCGUCUAAGCUUAAAGAGAUCUUCAGCCAAGGUUUGGUCAAAGCUGCGGAGACAACGGGAGCAUGGAUAAUAACUGAAGGCAUUAAUACUGGUGUGUCCAAACAUGUUGGGGAUGCCCUGAAAGCCCAUUCCUUCCGGUCCUUGAGAAAAAUCUGGACAGUUGGAAUCCCUCCUUGGGGUGUCAUUGAGAACCAGAGAGAUCUUAUUGGAAAAGAUGUGGUGUGCCUGUACCAGACUCUGGGCAACCCCCUCAGCAAGCUGACCACACUCAACAGCAUGCACUCCCACUUCAUCUUGUCCGAUGACGGGACGGUGGGCAAGUAUGGAAAUGAGAUGAAUCUCAGGAGGAACCUGGAAAAGUACCUCUCUCUACAGAAAAUACAUAGCCGUUCAAGACAAGGCGUGCCCGUGGUGGGGCUGGUGGUAGAAGGAGGUCCCAAUGUCAUCCUCGCCGUGUGGGAGACUGUGAAAGACAAAGACCCGGUGGUGGUGUGUGAAGGCACAGGCAGGGCGGCCGACCUCCUGGCCUUCACCCACAAACAUUUAGCAGACGAAGGGACCCUACGUCCUCAGGUGAAGGAGGAGAUCAUCUGCAUGAUUCAGAACACUUUCAACUUUAGUCUUAAGCAGUCCAAGCACCUUUUUCAAAUUCUCAUGGAGUGUAUGGUGCACAGGGAUUCUAUGACCAUAUUUGAUGCUGAUUCUGAGGAGUCACCAGACCUUGAUUUAGUAAUCCUAACGGCUCUGCUAAAAGGCACAAAUUUAGCAGCAUCAGAACAAUUAAAUCUGGCAAUGGCUUGGGACAGAAUGGACAUUGCCAAGAAACAUAUCCUAACUUAUGGACAACAUUGGAAGCCUGGCACACUGGAGCAAGCAAUGUUAGAUGCUUUGGUGAUGGAUCGAGUGGAUUUUGUGAAGCUCCUAAUAGAAUAUGGAGUGAACCUCCAUCGCUUUCUUACCAUCCCCCGACUGGAAGAGCUCUAUAAUACAAAACAAGGACCCACCAAUAUGCUCUUGCAUCAUCUUGUCCGAGAUGUAAAGCAGCAUGCCCUUCUCUCAGGCUACAGAAUAACACUGAUCGACAUUGGAUUGGUCAUUGAAUACCUCAUUGGUGGAGCUUAUCGCAGCAGCUACACUAGAAAAAGUUUCAGAGCCCUCUACAACAACCUCUACAGAAAACGUAAGGUGCCACAAUUGCAAGUGACCAGUUUUGCUGAAAGCCGUUCCCAGCCCCCUCUGCACCGAAGACGUCCCUCAGGAAAUAGAAAGGAAUCCGCAGAAAGCACUCUGCACUCCCAGUUCAUUAGAACCGCCCAGCCUUACAAAUUCAAGGAAAAGUCUGUAGUCCUUCAUAAAUCAAGGAAGAAGUCAAAAGAAGAGCAAAAUAUAUCCGAUGACCCUGAGUCUACUGGCUUUAUUUACCCUUACAAUGACCUAUUGGUUUGGGCUGUGCUAAUGAAAAGACAGAAGAUGGCCAUGUUCUUCUGGCAGCAUGGAGAGGAGGCCACGGUCAAGGCAGUGAUUGCUUGUAAACUCUACCGAGCCAUGGCCCAUGAAGCUAAGGAGAGCAACAUGGUGGAUGAUGCCUCAGAAGAGUUGGAAAAUUACUCAAAACAGUUUGGCCAGCUUGCCCUGGAUGUGUUGGAGAAGGCAUUCAAGCAGAAUGAAAGAAUGGCCAUGAAACUGCUGACCUACGAACUCAAGAACUGGAGCGAUUCCACCUGUCUGAAACUGGCCGUGUCUGGAAGGUUGCGGCCCUUCGUUUCACAUACUUGCACCCAGAUGCUGCUGACAGACAUGUGGACUGGGCGUCUGAAAAUGAGGAAACAUGCUUGGCUAAAGAUCAUCAUAAGUAUUCUUUUUCCACCCACCAUUUUGUCAUUGGAAUUUAAAAGCAAAGCAGAGAUGUCACAUGUUCCCCAAUCCCAGGACUUCCAGUUUGCGUGGUAUUAUGGUGACCAGAAUGCCAGCAAUGCCAAAGAAAGUGCUUAUACGAAAGACCGUGAUUUGGAGAGAGGCCCUGAUGAGAAACUAGAUGAAAAUCAGCACCUUGAUUUAAAGAGUGGUCCCCAAAGCCUCCCAUGGACCAGGAAAAUCUAUGAGUUCUACAAUGCUCCAAUUGUCAAGUUUUGGUUUUAUACGAUGGCAUAUUUGGCAUUCCUCAUGCUGUUCACUUACACUGUGUUGGUGGAGAUGCAGCCCCAGCCCAGCGUGCAAGAGUGGCUUGUUAUCAUUUAUAUCUUCACCAAUGCCAUUGAGAAGGUCAGGGAGGUCUGUAUUUCCGAACCUGGGAAGUUUACUCAAAAGGUGAAGGUAUGGAUUAGUGAGUACUGGAACCUAAUAGAAACUGUGGCUAUUGGCCUGUUUUCAGUUGGUUUUGGCCUUCGGUGGGGCGACCCUCCUUUGCACACAGCGGGAAGACUAAUCUACUGCAUAGACAUCAUAUUCUGGUUCUCACGGCUCCUGGACUUCUUUGCCGUGAAUCAACACGUAGGUCCAUAUGUGACCAUGAUUGCAAAAAUGACCGCAAACAUGUUCUACAUUGUGAUCAUGAUGGCCAUCGUCCUGCUGAGCUUUGGAGUGGCACGCAAGGCCAUUCUUUCACCAAAGCAACCGCCAUCUUGGAGCCUUGCUCGAGAUAUUGUAUUUGAGCCAUACUGGAUGAUAUAUGGAGAAGUCUAUGCUUCAGAUAUAGAUGUUUGUGCAAGCCAUCCGUCUUGCCCUCCUGGUUCUUUUCUUACUCCGUUCCUCCAAGCUGUCUACCUCUUCGUGCAGUAUAUCAUCAUGGUGAACCUGUUGAUUGCUUUUUUCAAUAACGUUUACGUGGAUAUGAAAUCCAUUUCCAAUAAACUAUGGAAGUACAAUCGCUAUCGCUACAUCAUGACUUAUCACAAGAAGCCUUGGCUGCCACCACCUUUCAUCCUGCUGAGCCAUGUGGGACUCCUCCUUCGCCGUCUUUGCCAUCAUCGAGCUCCAAACGACCAAGACGAGGGUGAUGUUGGAUUAAAACUCUACCUGAGUGAGGAGGAUCUGAAGAGACUUCAUGACUUUGAAGAACAGUGUGUGGAAAUAUACUUCCACGAGAAGAUGGAAAGACUGAAUUACAGCUGUGAGGAACGAAUCCGAGUCACCUCAGAAAGGGUUACAGAGAUGUACUUCCAGCUGAAAGAAAUGAACGAAAAAGUGUCUUUUAUAAAGGACUCCUUACUGUCCUUGGACAGCCAAGUGGGGCACCUGCAGGACCUCUCUGCCCUAACGGUGGAUACCCUAAAAGUCCUUUCUGCUGUUGACACCUUACAAGAGGAUGAGGCUCUCCUGGCCAACAGAAAGCAUUCUACUUGCAGAAAACUUCCCCACAGCUGGAGCAAUGUCAUCUGUGCAGGGGUUCUAGGCAGCAUGGAGAUCUCUGGGGAGAAGAAAUAUCAGUAUUAUAGCAUGCCUCCUUCUUUGCUGCGGAGCCUGGCCAGAGGUCAGCAUACCCUAAGAGUACAGAGGGGACCCCUUCUUGAGAUUACAGACAUUCAGAGAAAGGCUUCAAAUGUAAGAGAUGAGCAGGAAAAGCAAGACACAGAAACUAGUGUAGUUGCUUCUGGAGUGUCCCUUUACACACAAACACACCCAAAGCAUGGCCAGUUUCUUCUGGUCCCCUCUUAUCUAAAGCAAGUUCCUUUUUCUGAGGAAAUUGACUUGCCCCUGUUCAGACCAUCUAUGGAAGCAGGUAUAGAUGUGAUGGCAACUGAACAGGUCGCCCAGAAUGAGGUCCCUGUUCAUCUGACUUGGCAGACCCCAGGUAUCUCAGCUCCGGGCUCAGUGGCUGAACCCAAGAAACAGUACGAGUCAAUUGCUCACACACCAGCCAGAGAAGACAAGGGGGAGCAAGUUCCACCCACUUUGAUUUGCACACCAGCACCCACGCAAGUGACCUCCCUCCCUUCUCAAGCCGAGAGCGUGCCAGUUGGAGGUGGAUAUGUGAACUGGGCAUUUUCAGAAGGUGAUGAAACUGGUGUGUUUAGCAUCAAGAAAAAAUGGCAAACCUGCUUGGCCUCCACUUGUAGCGGUGAGGAGAAUGACCAGUGCCAGAAGCAGAUCCGGGCCAGAUCCCUGUCUGAUAACUCAUCAAGCUUGGCCCAGAGUAGCGAUUGCUCAGAAGUGGGACCAUGGCUGCUGCCAAACACAUCCUUUUGGAUCAAUCCUUUCCGCAGAGAUAGGCCCUUCACUCGGAGUCAUAGUUUGAGAUUCCACAAGGAGGAGAAACUGAAGAUCUGUAGGAUUAAAAAUCUUUCAAGAUCCUCAGAGAUCAGGCAGUCAGCAUGGAUCAGGACAAAAAUGCUAAUCAAGGAUAGGAGGUUGUCAAAGAAAAAGAAGAAAACACAAGGGCUACAGGUGCCAGUCAUAAUGGUUGAUACCUGCUCCCCAAACGACCAGUUCAAUUCCGAGCCAGGAGAAAGUAACAUCUCAGAAGAAGAGGAGUGCAGCAAGAACUGGCUUACGGUGUCCAAAUAUAGUCAGAUAAGUCUAGAACCCCCUAUAUAUCAGAAAAUGAAAACUAAAGAAAUUGAACGGCAUGCUGUACAAGUCAGUGAUUAUCUAAAGCAGUCUCAAGAGGAUCUGAGCAAAAAGUCCUUGUGGAGCUCCAGGAGCACCAGCUUCAAGAGGAACUCCCUGUUGAGAAGUUCAAAUGGAGUUGACAAAAUCUCAGCCUCCUUAAAAAGCCCUCAAGAGCCUCACCAUCAUUAUUCAGCCAUUGAAAGGAAUAAUUUAAUGAGGCUUUCUCAGACUAUACCAUUUACACCAAUCCAACUGUUUGCAGGAGAAGAGGUAACUGUCUACAGGCUGGAGGAGAGUUCCCCUUUGAAUCUUGGGAAAAGCAUGUCUUCUUGGUCCCAGCGAGGGAGAGCCGCAAUGAUCCAGGUGCUGUCCCGAGAGGAGAUGGGCGGCGGGCUCCGCAAAGCCAUGAGGGUCGUCAGCACCUGGUCCGAGGAUGAUGUUCUCCGGCCAGGGCAGGUUUUCAUCGUGAAGUCCUUUCUACCUGAGGUUGUGCAGUCAUGGCACAGAAUCUUCCAGGAGAGUACUGUGCUUCAUCUUUGCCUCAGGGAAAUUCAACAACAAAGAGCUGCUCAAAAGCUUAUCUAUACUUUCAACCAAGUGAAACCACAAACCAUUCCCUACACGCCAAGGUUUCUGGAAGUUUUCUUAAUCUACUGCCAUUCGGCUAACCAGUGGUUGACCAUUGAGAAGUAUAUGACGGGAGAGUUCCGGAAGUACAACAAUAACAAUGGUGAUGAAAUUGCCCCCAGCAACACGUUGGAGGAGCUGUUGUUGGCCUUCUCUCACUGGACCUAUGAGUAUACCCGGGGAGAGCUGCUGGUUUUAGAUCUGCAAGGUGUUGGGGAAAAUUUGACUGAUCCAUCUGUUAUAAAACCUGAAGACAAACAAUCAAGAGGAAUGGUGUUUGGACCAGCCAAUUUAGGGGAAGAUGCAAUUAGAAACUUCAUUGCAAAACAUCGUUGCAACUCCUGCUGCCGGAAGCUCAAACUCCCGGAUUUAAAAAGAAAUGACUAUUCCCCUGGAAGGCUAAAUUCCACUUUUGGACUGGAUACCAAAAUAGAACCAGCCGAGGGGCCUCCGGCGAGGGAAGGGGGUGGGAAUUCUCCAGAAGACCUCACACGACUGUGAAAAAGGGCAAGGAGAGGCAAGAGGACACCAGUACUUGCCCUCCCUUCGGUGGACUCUGUGGGAACAAAGACCGACCGGAGUAACAUCCAUGACACCGGAGCCUCUGUCAGGACGGCCUUACCCCGCGGCCCUCCUUGAGACGUGCCUUCCGAGCCUCAAGUGUUGUCCUGCCUCAAGACCUCAUUGGUGUAGAUGGCUGGGCUCCCCCGGAUGCUGCCCUGUGUGUGCAGUGCUUUGCACGUGUUCAUCCUCCUGUAGUUGGGAAGGAAGACACUCGGACGAGCCCCUGGGGAUGCUGCUCCUUCAUACCUCAUUGCUUUAGCCGGUUGCUUAGAACCCUUGGAGCAGGACGGUGGGCACUGAAGGACCAGGGAGAUGAAUUUAAUUUAUUUCCUCGCUUCACUGUGUAUGCCGACUCUAGCCCCCACCGCGAUUCAUUACCUCACCCACACGUUGUGUUUCUGUAGGGACACGCACGUUAAAAAGGCAUUUGACUUCUCCUCUCUCCUUUCCUGAAGCGUAGGGCUUUAAAGAGCAACCACAAGGAAAACGGUGGAAUGGGUGUAUUUGCAUAGACUGGAGCACACUCCCGCGCAGUCUCACCGGUUAAAAAAGUUAGGAUCCUGGUGAAAUCUAGAUGGGGCUGAGGUUUUGUCAGUGAAUCACACGAUGCCUGGACACUUCAGUUUCCUCUGAAAGAAAGGAAAAGGGAAAUCUAAAACAAAU